UCGGUUAGUAAGGAACGGCUUUUUUCCGUGGUUCUUGAUAUUGGGAUUUUAUUGUGGAAAGUUUUAUUUGCUAUAUUUUAUUUGUUGACAAAUAACGGUGAGAAAUAAAAGGUUAAAAGUGAAGGAUAAGUUGAAAAAUGUGGUUCUUACUGGUGGAGGUGUAGUGACAACAAUCUCAUUUGGAAUAGUAUCAUUAGGCUUCCCAGGGCUGGGGACAUGAAUCCCAACCCGAAGGCCAGGAGGCUUUCGAGCCAAGCGACGUCACGCUGCCCGGCGGACAUUUCGAUGCCAUCAUCGACACGUGGUUCGUUGCUGAGCAAACGAAAACCAACCACUUCCAGUGGCACCCGGAUGCCAGCUCUGGCCGGAGUCCGUUCCCGAGACGAACCCAAUAGAUCGACUUUAGGCGAUUUCAGUACCUCUAGGCUGCUGUCCGGUAUCAAACCAAAAGCCAACCCGGAGUACAACCGGAAGCGUAUCUGGCAGGAAUUGAACAUGCCGACGGAUUGUGAUUUUCUGGAUUCGAACGUUUUUUCACUUCCGGAUAAAUUGCUCAAACAUGGCCCGAAAAUGAGACCGUCACCGUUAACGAGACCUAAACCGGUUCACAAGAAAAAAAUAAGAUCGUAUACAGCACUGAGAAAAGAUCGCGAGGAUUUCCGUAAGCGUCUAAUCAAGUUGAUUGUUCGAAAAGACUAUGAGAAGGAUGACCCGGAAAAUACUUUCCCAAAUGUCGAAGAACGGGAACUAUUGAGGUAUCACCAUUACAUACGAAGCGGUAUCGAUACAGUCCACGUGGCUCCCAUCGAUAAGCGUGUUUUACAGAGGAUUUUAAAACUGUUGCCGAAAAAUCUCUCUAAGUACAAAGCGGCAUUGAGGACAAUUUUUGACGAAAUAAAAGAUGACUAUUCCCUUGCGGUGAAGAAGGCUGUCGUCGAUUUUGUACUUGGAGAUGCAAUGACUAAAUUUAUGAAGAAGGAAGAAGUAACACCGGCGCGAUUGGAGAUAAAGGAUUUGCGCCUCAAAUGGAAGCACCGAUACGACGAAAACCGUGCCAAACUCAAAAGAAACCUCUUUUCCAUCAAUGCCUGCUCGAUACAGGUUUUGGAGCUGUGGGAUAAUGACUUCAAAACUUUGGCGUUGGUCAAUGUCGAAAAACUGAUGGAAAGGGGACAGGCUUACGAUUUGACCGAGUUUACGUCUACUGUAAACCAACAAAUUGAAGAAGCUAAACUGUUGCUAGAUGAGAGUUGGUACGGCUGCAUCAAGAUAAUUUUUAAUAAGGGAGUCCGUAAAAAGUUGAUUCCCGAUGCAGCGACUAAGCCCAAGCUUUUACAGAAAUUCUUUAACUCAAUGGCCACACUUAUGACCCGGCAGCUACAAAACCUUUGCAACAAAAGUAUCGUGGCCUACACCGAUUACAUUUGCGAUGUCGGAAAAUCCAACCAAGGAUUCCGUCUCACCAUUUUGCUCGAAAAUCAAGAUACUCUCUCUUUCAUUCCUAGCUUUUCCAGGUUCCAGAUCGAAUUGGUCAAGAUCAUCGACAACAUCGUCAAAGCAGUGAAAAGCUUCAAACGGAUCGAAAGACAGCUGCUGCCAAGUUUUCCUUGCGUGGAUGCGAUGCUCAAGCCUGAUAUAUCUGCCGAUAUUAUCAAUCAAUGUAAGGCUCGUAUUUGCGAUGUCUUGGAAGAGCAGCGUAUUGGUCCCGAGCUACGAAUGCAAGACUUUGACAACUACAUGUCGCUGAUGAAUGGCAGCGACAUCGACGAAAUCGAGCGGUUUAUGGAGAAACGACCAUGCUUCGAAGACUACUGCAAAUACAUCGCACACUACAAAGAGAUGCAGAAUAAUGUGACGAGAGAAAUCUGGGGAGUAAUCUCCAUGGGUCUCUAUGAAUUCCACCGAGAGGGUCUAAUCGAUACGUUGGAAGGCUUGGCCAAGUUUAUGCAGCAAGAGCUGAUAGCCAAAAUGAUAGCUGAUCAGCAAAAUUCCGCUUUCAAGCUUGCAAAUGAAUACGAAUCCAUCGCUGGGAAGGUUCUCACCGUUCCCAAAGAUACCGCUGAACUCAUGUCUCUAAAAGACUACGCUAUCAAAAUGGAAGAAACUACCAUUCCCGAUAUGGAACAGCGCCUCAAAAUCAACCUUGGUCAUUUGCUGUACCUAACAGACCAUACUAUUUUCACUCCGUUGGAAAUUAAACAGAACAAUAACACAUUCCAAUGGUACAUGAAGAUGCCCCAAGUCUUCCAAGAUCAUAAAAAUAUUAUCAGUGAGAAAACUGUCGAAUAUCAAGAUUCGUUGAAACGAAGAAUAGAGAGUUUUAGGCGGGACCUGGAAUUAUACUGGGGACAGCUACAGGAAUACGAUUCAUGGGGUGAUAUCAAGCAUCUGCAGAGAUACAAGAGAAAAGCAACAGGUUUGGACAAUAAGCUGUCAGCUGCACUGGAAAAGAUCGACCAUAUAAACGAGGAAGAGAUCGCUUAUGGUUGGGAACUAUCGCAAUAUCCGUUGAGGAAACAGUGCCAUGAUAAGCUUAGUCCUUACAAAAAGCUGUAUGAUGCUGGACAAGAGUUCAUGGAUAAGUACGAUCUGUGGAUGCACUCCCAGGUGGGAUCUCACGACCCCGAAGAGGUGGAAGAUACGGUCGGCGGCCUUUAUCGCACGGUAUACAAGCUAGAAAAGAAAUUUGCUGACGCAUAUCAGCCGGCGCGAUUGGCACACGAUAUCAAAAACCGUUUAGAUCAAUUUAAAACUAACAUGCCGAUUGUACAAACUCUCGGUAAUCCGGGCAUGAAAGAACGCCAUUGGGAGCAAGUCUCCGAGAUCAUUGGUUUCCCCAUAAAAAUUGCUCCAGAUCUAACGCUCGAAAAGGUGAUAGACUAUGGCUUGGAUGAUUACAUUUCCCGGUUCGAGACAAUCUCCGAGAGUGCGACUAAGGAGAAUAAUUUGGAGAAAGCGAUGAUCAGAAUGGUUAGCGAGUGGAGCGAUAUGGCCUUCAUUGCACUGCCCUAUCGAGAUACCGGCACGUAUAUUCUUUCCGCUAUUGAUGACAUCCAAGUACUGCUAGACGAUCACAUUAUCAAAACUCAAACGAUGAAAAGUUCAUUGUAUAUCAAACCUUUCGAGGCUGACAUCUUGGCUUGGGAGAAGAAGCUCAUGCUAUUGCAAGAUAUCCUGGAUGACUGGCUGAAGGUACAGGCGACAUGGAUGUAUCUGGAGCCUAUUUUCAGUAGUCCUGACAUCCAGUCGCAGAUGCCCGAAGAAGGUCGUCGCUUCAGUGCGGUCGACAAGAUAUGGAAGGAUCUGAUGAAGACGGUGCACAACGAUACGCGUGUCCUAGUGGUCCUCGAAAUAGACAAAAUGUCUGAGAAACUCAAGAAGUCGUACAGCCUUCUGGAGGUCAUUCAGAAGGGUCUCAACGAUUACCUAGAGAAGAAGCGUCUCUACUUCCCACGGUUCUUUUUCCUGUCGAACGAUGAACUGCUGGAAAUCUUAUCGGAAACGAAGGAUCCUACCCGUGUGCAACCACAUCUGAAGAAGUGCUUCGAGGGCAUCGCCACGCUGCACUUCACCGAAUCGCUUGACAUCACUAUGAUGCGAUCUAGUGAAGGGGAAGAGGUUGAGCUGACGGAUGAAAUAUCGACGGCCAAGGCAAAGGGUCAGGUGGAAAAGUGGUUACUGGAGCUGGAGACUGCCAUGAAGAAAAGUGUCCGCCUUAAGAUCGACCAGUCCUACGAAUCAUACCCGACGUCUGUACGCCAUGAGUGGGUUCUUGUAUGGCCGGGUCAGAGUAUUCAGAGUAUAUCUUGUGCUUACUGGACCCUUGAAAUCACCAAAUGUUUCGAUAGUGAAGAUCCCUUGGCAGCAUUGAUAGUUUAUAAAGAAAAAUGUAAAGAACAAAUUUCUCACAUCGUCGAUCUUGUCCGAGGAAAACUUGCCAUGCAAAAUCGUAUCACAUUAGGUGCGUUAAUUGUUUUGGACGUUCACGGUCGAGAUGUUUUGGCGGAUCUGAUUGACAUCAAAACAACCAAAUCAGAUGAUUUCAAUUGGCUAGCACAGCUGCGCUACUAUAUGGAAGGUCCAGAUUUAGUCACACGAAUGAUCAACUCACAAUUGAAGUAUGGUUAUGAAUAUCUCGGGAACACUGCACGUUUAGUGAUAACCCCUCUGACAGAUCGAUGCUACCGGACACUAUUUGGUGCAUUGCACUUGCAUUUGGGAGGAGCCCCGGAAGGACCAGCCGGAACAGGAAAAACUGAAACAACCAAAGAUUUGGCUAAAGCUGUUGCUAAGCAGUGUGUCGUUUUUAACUGUUCCGAUGGAUUGGACUACAUCGCGCUGGGCAAGUUCUUCAAGGGUCUGGCAUCCUGUGGCGCUUGGUCCUGCUUCGAUGAGUUCAAUCGUAUAGACUUGGAAGUGCUAUCCGUGGUUGCUCAACAAAUUCUUACUAUUCAGCGAGCUAUCAAUUCGGGCUCAAAUACGCUUAUAUUUGAAGGAACUCUUCUUAAUCUAGAUCCCACAUGUGCCGUGUUCAUUACAAUGAACCCGGGUUAUGCUGGUCGUUCGGAGCUACCGGACAACUUGAAAGCGUUGUUCCGCUCGGUAGCAAUGAUGGUGCCCGACUAUGCGUUGAUUUCGGAAAUAGAGCUAUAUUCAUAUGGAUUUUUGAACGCCAAGCCUUUAGCAGUGAAAAUCGUUGCUACCUAUAGGUUGUGUUCCGAACAACUCAGUUCUCAGCCACACUACGAUUAUGGAAUGCGUGCUGUGAAAUCAGUAUUGAAGGCAGCUGGAGCAUUGAAGCUGCGUUAUCCUGACGAACUGGAGGACAUACUUAUUCUGAGGUCGAUUAAAGAUGUAAAUUUGGCUAAAUUCUUGGAACAGGAUGUUCCUUUGUUCCAAGGUAUCAUUUCUGAUUUAUUCCCUGGAAUAAAAUUACCUGAACCAGACUAUGUGGUAUUCGACCUGGCUGUUCAGAAAGCAUGCACACAUAACAACUUACAGUGCACUCCGGCGUUCCUCGAGAAGGUACAACAACUUUACGAGAUGAUCGUAGUUCGGCAUGGUUUAAUGCUGGUGGGUCCCCCAUUCGGAGGCAAAACAUCAGCUUAUCGAAUGCUUGCGGAAGCAUUAUUGUAUAUUGAAGAACAAGGCGAAAUGGAUGAACAUCGAGCAAUAUUUACAAUUAUGAAUCCGAAAGCAAUCACAAUGGGGCAGCUCUACGGUCAAUUCGAUGCUGUAUCACAUGAAUGGAGCGACGGUAUUUUAGCUGUAAGCUAUCGACAAUUUGCAGUCAGCACUACUCUAGAUAGGAAAUGGUUGAUCUUCGACGGACCCGUAGAUGCAAUUUGGAUUGAAAAUAUGAACACCGUAUUGGAUGAUAACAAAAAGCUUUGUUUGAUGUCGGGUGAAAUUAUUCAAUUGGCUAACACAACAAAUUUAAUAUUUGAGGUAAUGGAUCUCGAUGCAGCGUCUCCAGCAACGGUAUCCCGCUGUGGAAUGAUUUAUUUGGAGCCAACGUCAUUGGGGUGGGAGCCUUUACUAGAGUCUUGGAAAAAUACUUUGCCCGAGUCCCUUCAUUCGGUCAACAAACAAGGGAUUACACAGAUGUUCAUGCGGUUCUGUCCCAUUCUGCUGUGGUUCGUUCGCAAGGGUGGGUUGCGUGAAAUGAUGCCCACUUCCGAUUCGAACCUUGUGAAGUCAUUGAUGAACCUCUUCGAUUGCUUCUUGGAUGACUAUAGCAAUGAGGCCUACAUGAAAACGGUGUCCGAAGUCGAUGUACGAGCACAGCUGGAAGGCGUGUUUUUCUUUUCUUGCAUUUGGGCUAUCGGAGGACCACUAGAGACGGAAAGCCGCGAAAAGUUCAGUGAACUGUUCCGCGCGCUCACCGAGAAAAAUUUCCCCGAAGAACUGAAUGACAAAUUUCAUAUUCCACAAAAUCUGCACGUACCUCCUCUAACCAAGCCAUUCAUAUUCCAAAUUCCUCGUGGAGGAACCGUCUUCGAUUAUCAAUAUACGAGAGAAGGAAAAGGAAAAUGGCGACCUUGGGCAGAGGAAAUCGCACACAGUGCUUCUAUCCCAAGAGAUGUGCCCGUGAACCAGAUUAUUGUUCCAACUGUGGAAACCAUACGAAUAACACAUCUGCUAGAACUGCUUGUUCAGCACCGAAAAGGAGUUCUACUCGUUGGGCCAACCGGAACUGGAAAAAGCGUAUACACGAUAGACUUUCUACUGAAACGAAAUGAUACCAAUAUCUACAAGCCGUUGUUGAUAAGCUUCUCGGCUCAAACAUCGGCCAACCAGGUACAGGAUAUCAUUAUGUCUAAGUUGGAUAAGCGGCGCAAAGGUGUAUUCGGCCCUCCAUUGGGAAAGAAGUGUGUUGUGUUCAUCGAUGACGUGUCGAUGCCCCAGAAGGAAACGUAUGGAGCACAGCCACCAAUCGAGAUCGUUCGAAUGUUUUUAGAUCAUGCUAUGUGGUACGACAGAAAAGAAGUGGUUCCUAUGAAAUUAGUCGAUCUGCAGGUCAUGUGUGCCAUGGGACCGCCGAGUACUGGCAACACGGUCACACCGAGAUUUUCGAGACACUUUCUAUCGAUUGCUCUAGAUGAAUUCGACGACGAUACCUUAACUGGUAUCUUCAGCAAGAUAGUUUUGUGGCAUUUAGAUACCAGAGGUUUUUCCAAAGAAUUCGAUCCCUGUAUCGAUGAAAUUGUACUUUCGACGUUGCAAAUCUAUCGUGAAGCAAGAAAAGUACUGUUACCCACCCCCGCAAAAUGUCAUUAUCUGUUUAAUCUACGUGACUUUUCCAGAGUUAUACAGGGUGUGCUGUUAUCUGUACCUGAAGGUACGGAAACUCUCAACUGUAUAAGAAGACUCUGGGCUCACGAAAUAUUGAGAGUCUACGGAGACCGCCUUGUCGACGAUGAAGACAGAGAGUGGCUAUUCCAAGAACUUUGCACCGUCAUUGACAAGUACAUGCAUGAAGAUCCAAAGAAUUUGUUUGAUACCUAUACAGUUGGUGGUCAGUUAAAAGAGCAUCAUUUGCGGGCCCUAAUGUUUUGUGAUUUUACAAAUCCAAAGGCGGAUACCAAACUCUACCUAGAAGUUUUGGAGAUGGAAGAGUUGGGUUUCGUAGUUGAGUCCUAUUUAGUCGAGUUCAACAAUAUGUCAAAGAAGCCGAUGACCUUGGUAUUGUUCCGCUUUGCUAUCGAACAUUUGUCGAGAAUCUCUCGUAUCAUAAAGCAACCUAGAAGUCACGCUCUGCUUAUUGGAAUGGGUGGCUCGGGAAGGCAAUCAUUAGCUAGAAUUGCAUCUCAUAUAUGUUCUCACGAGCUUUUCCAGGUUGAAAUAUCUCGGCAAUAUGGAAUGAACGAGUGGCGAGAAGACAUGAAAAACUUGUUGAAAAAAGUAGCAUCGUCCGACCAACAUAUUUCAUUUCUUUUUACCGACACUCAAAUCAAGGAAGAAACAUUUUUGGAAGAUGUCAACAAUCUGUUGAACUCAGGAGAGAUUCCAAACUUGUUCAAUAAUGAAGAAAAAGCCGAGAUUGUUGAAAAAAUGCGGCAAAUAGAUCGUCAAAAAGAGAAAUCUCAGCAAACAGAUGGAAGUCCAGUGGCACUCUUUAACAUGUUUGUAACGAUUGUUCGCGAUCAGUUGCAUAUCAUAUUGUCCAUGUCGCCAAUCGGCAACGCCUUCCGUAAUCGAGUUAGAAAAUUUCCGUCUAUUGUCAACUGCUGUACCAUCGAUUGGUUUCAACCUUGGCCGAAGGAUGCUCUCGUUGCAGUGGCGACUAAAUUUUUAUCAACCGUUGAAAUGCCGGAACACGAACGGAACGCUUGUAUUGAUAUGUGUAUGGAAUUUCAUACAUCUACGCAGACAUUAUCGGAAGAGUUUAUGAUUCGUUUGAAUAGACAUAACUACGUGACUCCCACAUCGUAUUUGGAACUGAUUCAUACCUUCAAAUCGUUGCUCGAUAAAAAACGAACGGAAGUUUUGACUGGUAAGAAUCGUUACUUGACUGGUCUCAAACAGCUGGAGAUCGCUGCCCAACAGGUCGGGGUAAUGCAAGAACAGCUUGAAGCUGUACAGCCACAGCUCAAAAUUGCUGCCGAAACCGUCGCCCAACAGAUGGCUAAGGUUCAAGCAGACAGUGAGGUUGCGGCCGUACAGAGGGAACAGGUCAAGAAAGACGAAGCGAUUGCCCAGGAACAGGCAGCUGCCGCAAAUGAGAUACGAGAAGUUUGCGAUGCCAAACUCGAGUUAGCUAUGCCAAUUUUAAGAUCUGCAGAAGAGGCUUUGAACACACUGACUCCAGCUGAUAUAACUAUUGUCAAAACAAUGAAAAGUCCACCGAUUGGUGUGCGAAUAGUUAUGGAAGGUAUUUGCAUCUUGAAGGACAUUAAACCGGACCGUGUAGCAGCCCAGUCCGGUAUGGGUAUGGUUGAGGACUAUUGGGGACCCUCCAAAAAGGUACUGGGCGAUAUGAAAUUUUUAGACGGUUUACUCAAUUUCGAAAAAGAUGACAUACCGCCAAGGGUUAUUCAAAAACUGGAAGAACGGAUAUUGACAAAUGAAAGCUUCGACCCCGAGAAGGUUAAAGUAGCUUCCACAGCAUGCGAAGGUCUCUGCAAGUGGAUCUUGGCAAUUGUGAAAUAUGACGUAGUCGCCAAAGAGAUUGCCCCGAAGAAGGCAGCUCUUAGAGAAGCCGAUGGGAAAUACAAUGAUGCCAUGGCCAUAUUGAAUGCAAAGCUUGAGCAACUUGCCAUUGUGGAAAAUAACUUAGCUGAACUACAGAGAAAGCUAGACGAACAAAUCCAACAACACGCUAAGUUGCAAGCUAAUGUCGAUCUGUGCAUGAAAAAGCUUGAGCGCGCAACUGAGAUUAUUACUGGCCUGGGUGGUGAAAAAGAUCGCUGGGAGAAAGCUGCGGAAAACCUUGGAACGGUAUACGAUAAUUUGACUGGAGAUGUUUUGGUAGCUUCUGGAGUGGUUGCAUACUUAGGUCCAUUUACAACACAGUUUCGUUCACAACAAAUCAAGAAGUGGAUUGUCAGUUGUCGAGCCAAGAAAAUUGUCUGUUCUAUGGAUUUCCAACUAGCAACCGUUCUGGGUAAUCCUGUGGAUAUUAGGGCCUGGAAUAUAUUCGGAUUACCUAGCGAUCCGUUCUCCGUUGAGAGUGGUAUUAUAAUUCACAAUGCACGUCGAUGGCCACUGAUGAUAGAUCCACAAGGUCAGGCCAAUAAAUGGGUUCGAAACAUGGAGAAAGCGAACAAAAUAUGCAUUAUCCGAUUUUCUCAAUCGGACUACACCCGUGUGCUUGAAAAUGCAAUUCAGUUCGGCUUGCCGGUAUUGCUGGAAAACGUGGGUGAAGAAAUUGAACCAUUGCUAGAACCGGUAUUGUUGAGACAAAUUUUCCGGCAAGGUGGAACAAUGUGCAUCAAGUUGGGAGAUUCGAUCAUAGAAUAUAACGACACAUUCAAGUUUUAUAUAACUACGAAACUGCGAAACCCCCACUAUUUACCGGAAAUUGCUGUGAAAGUUACUUUGUUGAAUUUCAUGAUAACUGAAACUGGAUUGCAAGAUCAGCUUCUUUCCAUAACGGUUGCUCGCGAGCGCCCGGAUCUGGAGGCAGAAAAAAAUGCAUUGAUUCUGCAGGGAGCCGAAAACAAGCGACAAUUGCAGGAAAUUGAAGACAAGAUCCUUGAAGUACUCAGCUCCGAAGGAAACAUUCUUGAGGACGAAACGGCCGUAUCAGUGCUAAGCUCCAGCAAAACGCUGGCCAAUGAGAUCAACGAAAAACAACUCGUUGCAGAAGUUACUGAGCAUCAGAUCGAUAUAGCUCGGAUGCAGUAUACAUCGAUCGCGGCUCACUCGACGAUUCUAUUUUUUACGAUUGCAGACCUGGCGUAUAUCGAUCCGAUGUAUCAGUAUAGCUUGAUUUGGUUCGUGAUGCUAUUUACAGCAGCGAUCGACAACACCGAAAAGGUUGACGACGUUCCCACAAGAUUGCAGGACCUUAGGACGUACUUCACGUAUAGUCUUUAUGAGAAUAUUUGCCGGAGUCUGUUCGAAAAGGAUAAGAUUCUGUUUUCUUUCCUGUUAACUACCAACUUACAGUAUGAGGAGAAUAAGUUGGAUCGUACAGAAUUUAUGUUUUUGCUGACAGGCGGAGUGGGUCUGGAAAAUCCGGAUAAGAAUCCAGCCGACUGGUUGUCCAGCCCUAGCUGGGAUGAAUUAUGUAGAUUGUCGGCGUUUGAAACAUACGCGGGUCUUAAGGAGCAUGUGGUUGGACAUUUGACAGCUUGGAAGGCCUUCUUCGAUGAUGAUGUACCACAGGCGGCCGAAAUUCCCGAACCGUUUAAGUCGAGGCUUUCAGUUUUCCAAAAGCUGUUAGUCUUAAGAUGUUUCCGUCCAGACAAGCUGGUUCCAGCAAUUGAGCUAUAUGUUGAAAGUAUCAUGACGAGAAAAUAUGUUGAACCUCCUCCAUUCAAUUUGUCAGCGUCUUAUGACGAAUCGAAUUGCUGUGUUCCUCUUAUAUUUGUGCUGACGCCUGGAGCAGAUCCAACCGCUACACUCAUUCGAUUUGCUGAUACCCAAGGAUUGGGAGCAAACCGUUUGUACUCCUUAUCUCUUGGUCAGGGUCAGGGUCCGAUAGCGGCCAAAAUGAUCGACGAAGGAACUAAAUUUGGAAACUGGGUUUUGCUACAGAAUUGUCAUUUGGCGCAAAGCUGGAUGCCUACUUUGGAACGUAUUUGCGAAAGUAUUCAACCGGACACGACUCAUCCAGACUUUCGUUUAUGGUUGACCUCGUAUCCGACGGAACAUUUCCCAGUUGUGGUGCUGCAAAACGGAAUCAAAAUCACAAAUGAACCGCCUAAAGGCUUGAGGAUGAACAUUUUGCGUUCUUAUCUGGGAGAUCCAGUUUCUAAUGUUGAAUGGUUUGAAGCCUGCAAACAAUCGAAGAACUUCAAAGUUCUCCUGUAUAGCUUAUGCUUUUUCCAUGGAAUAGUGCAAGAGCGCAGACAGUUCGGACCGAUUGGUUGGAAUAUUCCGUAUGAGUUCAAUGAAACAGAUCUCAGCAUUAGCAUGACACAAUUGCGGAUGUUUUUGGAUGAAUAUGAGGAGGUUCCGUUUGUGGCUUUGCGUUAUCUGAUUGGCGAGUGCAACUACGGCGGUAGAGUAACAGAUGAUUGGGACCGGAGAUGUUUGAUAACGAUCUUGAAGCGCUUCUACACGUCGAACGUCAUUGAAGACGAGGGCUACAUAUUGGACGAGCAGGGUUUGUAUAGAAUUCCCGAUUUGAAAGAACACGAAGAGUUUCUGGCACACAUCAGAGGCUUACCAAUCAUUGCGAAGCCUGGUGUGUUCGGGCUGCAUGAAAAUGCUGACAUAAUGAAGGAUCAGAAGGAAACGGACUUACUUUUGACUAGCACACUGAAGACACAGGAUCGAACGGACUUGUUCGAGAUGAAGCUUCUUUUGGAUCAUCAGACAACUGCUACUGGCUCGUUCCGAGAAACACCUGCUGAGAUAAUAGUACGUGUGUCGUCAGAUGUCUUGAAGCGACUUCCUGCUGAAUUUGACAGAGAUGCAGCGCUGAACAAGUAUCCGACGCUUUAUCAUCAGAGUAUGAACACAGUUCUCGUGCAGGAGAUGGUUCGUUUCAACCGUUUAUUGGCCACUAUUCGAUCGAGUCUGCAGACGGCCAGUAAAGCCAUGCGGGGCUUAGUUGCCAUGUCCUCUGACAUAGAAGAAGUGGUUGCGUCGAUGCUGGUUGGACGCAUCCCGGCUCUCUGGGCCAAACGAUCAUACCCGAGUUUGAAGCCUCUCGGUAGCUACAUUGCCGAUUUCAUCUCAAGGCUCAACUUUCUACAGAAAUGGUAUGACGAAGGGCCUCCUACGGAUUUUUGGAUAUCCGGUUUCUUCUUCACGCAAGCUUUUAUGACGGGAGCACAGCAAAACUUCGCGCGAAAAUACGUCAUACCGAUUGAUUUGCUCGUGUUCGAUAACGUUGCUCUACAACAGUCGGAGUUUACUGAGCCACCGGAAGAUGGAGUCUACGUUUAUGGACUAUUCCUGGAAGGAGCUAGAUGGGAUCGUACGCUCGGACAUUUGCAAGAAGCUUUCCCGAGGGUUCUCUACGACACUAUGCCCCAUAUUUGGAUGCAACCGGUUAAGAAGGACGAUUUGAUCCCCCGGCAUACGUAUUCAUGCCCGGUUUACAAAACUGCUGAACGUCGAGGAAUUUUAUCAACCACCGGUCACAGUACCAACUUUGUGAUUUCACUGUUCCUGGAUUGUUCGCCGCGUGUUCAUCCAGAUCAUUGGAUUCGUCGAGGAACUGCGCUUUUGUGUCAGCUUAGUCACUAGAUAAUUGUUUCAUUAUCGAUUUUUAAUGGUUUACAGUUGUUUUUAGAAAUACACUUUUCGAAAAAUUGA